AGUACAAUCCCACACUUUACUCUAUUUUAUAUAUGUUGAGUAGGAUCAUAAAAUUCAAACCACUAUUCUUUCUUUCUCUCUCAAUCACUCGCUCUUUUCUUGGUAAUUGUUCUCUAGACAUGAAGGAAUACUCAGUUUCCUGCAAAAGACAUAGCAAACACAACACUAAAAGACAACACCAUGUUGUCUCAAAACAACCAUCUGCACCAAACCAUUCUCUCAUAUUGUCCACUUCCCAAAACAUUCCACCACCUAUGCUAUCUGCUUUUGUUUCUUUCCUACUUCUUCUUACUUCAAUUACACCAUCACAUUCUACUCACCGCAUAAUGACUAACCAAACUUUCAAAGCGGGUGAAGAGUUUCUCAAGUUAAGCCGAAUCAGAACUCAUCUCAAGAAAAUCAAUAAGCCUCCUGUCAAGACAAUUCAGAGUCCAGAUGGUGAUUUGAUAGAUUGCGUUUUAUCUCAUCAACAACCAGCUUUUGAUCAUCCUAAGCUUAAAGGGCACACACCAUUGAAUCCACCACAAAGACCAAAGGGAUACAACAACAAUGGAGAAAAUGUCAGUGAGAGGUUUCAGCUAUGGGCUGAUUCUGGCGAAACAUGUCCCGACGGAACGGUUCCGAUCAGAAGAACAACAGAAGAGGAUAUUCUUAGAGCAAGUUCUAUCCAAAGAUUUGGAAGAAAACCAAAACCUGUAAAGAAAGAUUCAACUAGUAGUGAUCAUGAGCAUGCAAUUCUUUUUGUAAAUGGAAAUCAAUACUUUGGAGCAAAGGCAAACAUAAAUGUGUGGACACCACAAGUAACAAACGAAUAUGAAUUUAGUUUGUCACAAAUAUGGGUUAUUGCUGGCUCUUUUGGUAAUGAUCUGAAUACCAUAGAAGCUGGUUGGCAGGUAAGUCCAGAACUGUAUGGAGACAAAUAUCCAAGGUUCUUCACUUAUUGGACUACAGAUGCAUAUCAAACAACCGGAUGCUACAACUUACUAUGUUCAGGUUUCAUCCAAACAAACAACAAAAUAGCAAUAGGAGCAGCUAUCUCUCCCAUUUCAGCUUAUAACAGUAAACAGUUUGAUAUUGGCAUAAUGAUUUGGAAGGAUCCAAAGCAUGGACACUGGUGGCUAGAGUACGGUUCAGGACUGUUAGUUGGAUAUUGGCCAGCAACCAUGUUUAGUCACUUGAGGAAUCAUGCAAGCAUGGUACAGUUUGGUGGAGAGAUUGUGAAUACACAUUCUAAGGGUUACCAUACUGGGACUCAAAUGGGGAGUGGACACUUUGCUGAAGAAGGAUUUAGAAAAGCAGCUUAUUUUAGGAACUUACAAGUGAUUGAUUGGGAUAAUAACUUGCUUCCUCUUGCUAAUAUUCAUCAGUUAGCUGAUCAUUCAAGUUGUUAUGAUAUUAAGCAGGGUAAUAGCAAUGCUUGGGGAACUUAUUUUUAUUAUGGAGGUCCGGGAAGGAAUGUAAAAUGCCCAUGAAAAAACUACAUCUAGGGGUUUUGUUUUUGUUUUUGUUUUUGUCACAUAUUUUAAGUAAUUUUGCUAUAGAUUUUAUUUUACUUUGGAUGAUGUAUGUUAGCGAGUGAGGAGACUUUUUAGUGAGGUGAGAAAGAGAGAGGGUGAAGAAUAAAGAUUGUUAUUGUUGAAUGUGAUUAUUACUGAAAGUUAUAAAAUUGAAUUAUAAUAUGCAUGUAUUUAUAUA